ACUGUUGUGCAGCUUGGGAACGGCAAUUGCAUCAAUGGAGAGGCUUUUAACCAGAUUAUAAACUCAAGCUCCAAGCCCAAAUCUUUUCCUAUGCAUUUGAACAAGCAUUGCAAGUCAUUGCCUGGAAGAAAUGUGGCCGGCAAAUUUGUGAUUUGCCAUAGCACAGGACCAAUGAAUGACACUGGGCCAUCAAUCAACAAGACCGACAUCAGUGGCAUCGUUAGUGCCGGGGCGGCUGGUGUAGUGCUAAUAAACAGGAAAGCUGCUGGUUUCACCACCCUUCUCGAGGACUAUGGCAAUGUGGUGCAGGUGACUGUGGCUGAUGGCAACAAUAUCACAGAGUAUGUGAGGACAACAAGCAAAGCCAGUGCCAAAGUCAUAUACAAGAACACUGUGCUUGGCGUCCGUCCAUCUCCCACGGUCGCAGCAUUCUCAUCCCGCGGUCCCGGCACGUUCAGCCCCGGUGUGCUAAAGCCAGAUAUAUUGGCACCUGGGCUCAACGUCAUUGCUGCAAGGCCACCACUCACCAUGCUUGGAUCUGGGCCAUUCCACAUUAAAUCAGGGACGUCCAUGUCGACUCCACAUAUCAGUGGUGUCGCUGCGCUUGUCAAGAGCUGCCAUCCUGACUGGUCUGCUGCUGCUAUCAAGUCAGCCAUCCUCACCACUGCUGACAUCACGGACAGCACUGGUGGCCCGAUCUUGGACGAGCAGCAUGAGAGGGCAACCGCGUACGCCAUGGGUGCUGGCCAUGUCAACCCUACAAAAGCAGUUGAUCCAGGCCUUGUGUAUGACCUUGGCAUUACUGAAUAUGCCGGCUACAUAUGUGCUCUCCUUGGUGAUCAGGACUUGGCAUUCAUUACGCGUGACCCGAGGUUGUCAUGCAAAAUGCUUCCCAAGAUACCUGAAGCACAACUCAACUACCCUACCAUAACGGUGCCACUCAAGACAAGGCCGUUCACAGUGCACAAAACUGUGACAAAUGUGGGCCCAUCAAAUUCCAUAUACACACUGAAGAUGGAGAUCCCCAAAUCUCUUACAGUGCGAGUCUACCCAGAGACACUGGUGUUCUCCAAGGCUGGACAAAAGAUUAGAUAUAGUCUGACGGUGAGCAGCUCUGACAGUGAGAGCUCAAACUUCAUGGAGGGAAGUUUGAGCUGGGUCUCAGUGACCCAUAUUGUGCGCAGUCCGAUCGUUGUCGCACUUUUGUAAGCGGGAAGAGUAUGUGUGGCAUGUGCGAUGUUCUAGAGAAAUUACUGUCUUUUAACUAGUAGGAUUUCCAUGUGUGGAAACUAA